GGAUCGCGCCAGGGUACAAUAAAGGACUGGUGCAAGGCAGACAUUGAACGUUAUCAGCUCAGGCGUUUAUGAAAAAGGACCAAAAGGCCUAAAGCAACACGCCUAUCCCGUAUUUACAAAGCAAAUUUCGCAAGACGUCCUGGCUAAAAGCAAACGCGCAGCCCACGUGAUACAGAAUACUGCUGGACCCACACCUGUCACCAUGGGCCGAGAUUACUGGCGGUUCGUGUUCACCUGUGUGCUGGGUUUCCUCAACCUUCCAUUAACGUCAGCUACACCAUGCGGUGUGCUAACUGCAACGACUGAAAAGAAGCUCCUUACCUCAGAAGGGUAUCCUAUCAAAUAUGAACCUUCACAAACAUGCUCGUGGAGUCUCCAGGCAUCUAACGCUUCCAAGAAUGUAAUUCUAGAAACAGUGGACAUGAUGAUACAACCCUCAACUGCUUGUGUUGAUGAUUCAGUCAGCAUAUAUGACGGUGACUCCAACUCUAGCACUAAGCUACACACGUUAUGUGGAGACAGUCGUGUGUUUUUGACCUCAUCUGGACGAAACAUGUACCUUGAAUUUCGUUCCAACAGCAUUCUUGAGACGAGAGGCUUCCAGUUCCGAUACUACCAGGGAGACAAGGCAACGCCUUGCACGUUCACGUUUACUGCUACUGGGGAUGUAAAGACCUUCAACUCACCUGGCUACCCCAUUGCAUACUUCAACGAUGUAUCCUGUGAAUAUUCAAUUCAAGCGGCCGAUGCGUCAGAUAUUCUGCAAUUGAGGUUUACAGACGUUGAUGUUCAAUCAUCUCAAACUUGUCGUUACGACAACAUCAGCGUGGCAAAUAUAAUUUCAGGUGGAGAUGACCCAGUUGCCACAAUCUGUGGUAUGCCGACCUCGUCUUACCAAGGAAGAAACAAAAUGAAGGUCACAUUCACCUCAGAUGGGUCGAAGGUCAAUAAAGGAUUUUCAGUUAAAUAUCGGAGCGUCCCGAAGGAAGAAUGUUCAAUACACGCCCAGGCCACAGAUAUGGACGCGUUUAUCCUGUCUCCAGUGUACCCGACUCAGAACUACAGCAACCUGAACUGCCGCUGGACCAUCGUGGCGACGAAUAACGAUGCUACGGUCGAACUGGCUGCUGUCUUCUCCGACAUUGCCGACACUUCCCCAUCUUGCAGCAGUGACAGAGUGUCUGUGACGGACUCUGAUAUGACAGAACUAGGGACAUUCUGUGGAACGAACAAACCUACAUAUAAUAGUACAGGACCAAACAUGACUGUUGUCUUCACGACUGAUGGCACCAAUCAGGCAACAGGAUUUCGUCUGAAAUACAAGCAGAAACGAGCCGCACCGGCAACGUGUGGAGGGACAUUAACAGCUUCAAGUCCUGAGGAACUGCUUUCGCCAGGCUACCCAAGAGCAUAUUUGAGGUCAUGGACAUGCACAUGGACAAUUACGGCCUAUAAUGAAAGCUUCGUCAAUCUCAAGCUUGUUGACAUUGAUGUAGAAGUUAGUGAUCAGUGUCAGCCGGAUAGCCUCAAAAUAUAUGACGGGGGCAAUUCUGCAAGUCCUCUUCUGGGAACUUGGUGUGGGCAAAUGAACGGUUACAGGUUACAAAGCACAGGGAAUGUGAUGACUCUUGUCUUCAACACUGACGACUCCAAUAACGGAAGAGGAUUCAACGUCAGCUAUAAACAAGACUCAACUCGUAUGGGAUGCAUCGAUAGCUUUGAAGCUACAGACACAUAUUCCUACAUCACCUCGCCGAACUACCCGAAUUCUUUCCCAGGUGUUUCUAGCUGUACGUCGUACAAAAUAACUCCCGACCUUGAUACCAGAAUCAAGCUCGAAGUGCUGGAGUUAAAUCUCCCUGAACGAGUAAGUGGCGAGUGUACGAGUGACUACAUAACAGUACAUGACGGGUGGUUCAACACAUCCAUACCACUCAAGUCCAUCAACACCCAAAAUUUCCGGUUCUGUGGUAAGGAACUGCCGACGUUCGUGAGCCCCAGGUUCUUAAUGUUUGUCCAAUUCCACAGUACACAAGCAACAACAACCAGCAGCUUCCGGAUGAGAUAUUUGAAAGGAAUAUUUGCGGAUGAAUUUGUGUCUCCCUGUGGCGGGUCACUGAUUGCGACUGAUGAAGUUCAGAACAUUACAUCACCAAGUUAUCCAAACAAUUAUACAGGGUUCUUAAAUUGUUCAUGGACCAUUACAGCAACAGAUAGUACCAAGAUGGUACGGCUCAUCACAACUGACUUUCAACUGCUUGACCGUCCUUAUCCUAAUAGUUGUGGUCUUACUUACUUGAGAAUAUACGACGGUGAUGACAACGACAGUAACUACGUCGAUGAAUGUAGUAAACAGGCUUUGAUGCAACACCAGAGCACCAAAAACAAAAUGACAGUGGUACUGGAAGCGUUUAAUAAAGCCAAUGCAUUCAGUCUUCAGUACACUCAAACAGCAGAUCGGUUGUCAUGUGAUCAUAUAAAGGACAUCGGCAAUUACGGUUCAAUUAAGUUUCCUGGAAGUGUGGAGGGACCAGUGCAAGGCCGUUUCUGCUCAUGGUUGUUGAGAAGAACAUCUAUGGAGGACGACAGAUAUCUUGAACUGACGAUUAAUUCGACUGCUUUAAUUCAAAGCCCGAAUUGUACAAAGGAUUACAUUAGGGUAUACGAUGGUCAAUCAUCAUCAAGCCCUUUAAUUGGACGCUUUUGUGGUGGGAAAGUAUCAGAGCUUUCUUUUUUCGGAAACAAUGUCUUUAUCACUUCAGCCUUGUCAAGUCAAGGAUCUUUCGAAAUUGACUACAGUCCAGGUUUUACCAGUUUCUUGGGUCGAGAUGAGUACCUUUAUUCCGACAGGAAAAGCAUCCUAACAUCUCCAAAUUACCCCUUAAAUUAUCCACGGAAUGCUGAAUUCUCUUGGACACUAAACGCAUACGGAGAAAAAAUUGUCGUUGAAGUGAUGUCGUCACAGAUAGAGAUGUCAGAAGGCUGCGUCAACGACAGAGCUGAAGCAUACGAUGGUGCGUCAAAGAAAGACAAACUUCUUGGAAAGUGGUGUGGCACAGAGACGCCAUCAUUUGAAAGUUCUGGAGGAAAACUGACCAUCGUACUGUUUAGCAACGACAACGAAAUCGCUGGCAAGGGGUUUCAAAUCAAGUACUACGAGAAAGAAUCAUAUCUUGGAUACAUCAUUGGAGGUGUAGUUGGCGGUGUACUGGUGAUUUUAGUGAUUGGAGCAGCUGUAUUCAUCAGUGUUAAAAGACCGUUUAAAUCUCGAAAUAACAACGCGAAUGUUCAAGCAAAGUAUGUGAACAAACAUUGAGUAACUAAUAAGGUACAUGUCAUUCAGAUAUGACCAAUGCGAGAGAAUACGGAGAACAGUUUAAAUCUUAAAGCACAAUGUGCAUACGUUUACAUCUUGUUUAAUAUUGAAAUAAUAGAGACAGAAAUUGUAAAUUGAAGGACAUCUUCCGAGGCAAGGACGUUUCCACCCUUGCCGAAAUAGGCCAGAAUUCCGGAGUUAAUUUGGCUGGACUAACGGCUCAUAGUCUGAUCAAAAUCGCGAACUAGACAUCCGGUUCGUAAACCACAUGGAUUUCAAAGUGCAGACUGUCGAUUGCAUUAUUUGAAAAGCAUGUGUACCGCCAAACGGGCGUCGACAGAUAUUUAGCAAACCUUCUCAUGUUCUUAAUGGAGGUGCUCAAGUGAUGUGAUGCACUUCGCGGGGUAAGAUUCGUUUUAUAAUAAUAUAGAUCUAGAUUAUCAAUCAGAUCGUCUUGACUGAGCGCCAUUUUGUUUGACGCAAAUGCAAGUGAUAUGAGACGGACCUAGAAGGGACAUAACUCACUGGUGGCGCUGCGAUCGAGCCUUAGUGGACGUAACACGAACGUUCUGAGAACAUCCCAUUACAGGUCUCGUCUCGUGACCUUUCGCGAACCAACCAAAGAAAUGACUAACACUAAGUCGACAGUAGCCAAUCAGAAAGCAGCUCUCUUGAUCUUAAGGCGCUAGUUUCGACAUGGCGAUUUCCAUUUCAGACCACAUCCUGAAAGAUAUUUCCACAAAGUUCUCAAUUCAAAAUUUGAAAACUGAACAACAGAAUAUUGUGGAAUGUCUAAUUGGGGGCCGCGAUUGUACGGCAGUACAUCCCGCGGGUGGUGGAAAGUUUUGUCCGUUGCAGCCCGUAACUGUCGUACUGAAUGUCCAUGUUACCUUUUUUGAGGUUGCAUGACGAGACCUUUAAUGAGACGUCUUUUAAAUUGUAUAGCGGCUGCGCUGACUUAGAUCUGAUUUUAAUGAGUUUGGUAUUUUAGACAGGUACAUUAUUCCAUUGCAGGUGAAAUCAUAGACUAUUAGUGUGAAGUCGUGGACGGUCACAGCAACAUUUUGUUUUGAGAUGGAUCGUGCUGAAAGACUCACACCAAUAAGUAGAUUACACAUUUUCAUCGUUGUCGAACAGGAACAGUUCGGGACCAUUAAUAGAUAAUAUGGUAAGGGGCGUAUUGAUUUCAAAUGGUAUAUAUGGAAGGGAAUCCAGUGCUGAAUUUGUCAGGAGAGACGUGAACAUCAGAUGCGACACUUGUCUGUAAAGAUGUGGACACCUACAGCUACAUUUGUCUGUGGAAACGUGAACACCUGAUGCUACACUUGUCUGUAGUAGCGUGAACACAUGAUGCUACACUUGUCUGUAAAAACGUGGACACCUACAGCUACAUUUGUCUGUGGAAACGUGAACACCUGGUGCUACACUUGUCGAACGAGACGUGAACUCCUGAUGCCAGAUGUGUGUGGAGAGACGUGAACACCUGGUGCUACACUUGUCCGCGAAGACGUGAACACCUGAUGCUACACUUGUCUGUAGUAGCGUGAACACCUGAUGCUACACUUGUCUGUGGUAGCGUGAACAACUGGUGCUACACUUGUCUGUAAAGUCGCGGACACCUACAGCUACAUUUGUCUGUAGUAGCGUGAACACCUGGUGCUACACUUGUCUAUGAAGACGUGAACACCAGAUACUACACUUGUCUGUAAAGUCGUGGACACCUACAGCUACAUUUGUCUGUAGUAGCGUGAACACCUGGUGCUACACUUGUCUAUGAAGACGUGAACACCAGAUACUACACUUGUCUGUGAAGACGUGAACACCAGAUGUUAAUCUUGUCUGUAAAGACGUGGACACCAACAACUACAUUUGUCUGUAGAAACGAGAACACCUGGUGCUACACUUGUCGAACGAGACCAGAGACUUGUAUUUUCGCUAUUUAGAGAGAUCGAUUUAUCAAAAUGUAUAUGUAUGUCAAAGAACAAUAUCUGAUUUCAAGAUUUUGUUACGUCCAUUUGAUGUAUUUGAAGAAGUCGAUCAUUAUAACUUCUGAAAUAUAUUUACCUUUGUUAUGUUCUGCGAUUGACUGUGAAUUUUUAGAUGCUGGUAGAUCUCUCUUACUGUCCACCAGCUGUCGGGCAUAAAGGUGUUUUGAAUGUCAACACACAUUUACGCGUAUGAGUGAGUCAUCAUUCAUGACGCCCUCAACAUGUUCAAUGGACUAAUGAUUUACAGCUUGAGACAGGUUGAAAUGUAAGUGAUCAAAGAAAGAAUUUGUUUGAGGGGAACUGCAAUCGCUUGUUUUGAAAAUGGAUCGACUGAAAUUAUAACAGACCUCCAGGUAAUAUACGUAUUUGCGUAAGCUGUGCACAACACUUCACCAUAACCAAAUUAAAGUACGCAAAGUAAAGUAAAAACAAUGGUAUAACGACACAGUGUAAUUACCCAAUGUAGUCUUUUUAACUUGGGUACCUGUAUGUAUUUGCAAAUAUAUUAUAAUAUAUACUUUUAAAUCUUGCAACAA